AUGGCAAUUGUUAUUGCUAUCCAUCAGGAGGAAUCAGGCAUGGAUCCGACAGAUGUUCGGAUCAAGAAGAAUGGAAAUAUCUUCUUCAGUUGGCAUCGGAUGGCGUUCCUGAGGAUCCUGGUGUUGCUGGUCGUUGGUGUUGCGGCUGCUGGGGCGGACUGUGGUCCCAAAGACGGAGUGUUCGUGUGUUGGGACGUCUGCGGCGAGGAGGUGAGGGGCGCCGGCGGCUACGGGCGCCGCGUGACAUUCGUUGGAGCGACACUGUUCCUGGACUGCGUCAGGCAGGCGGACUUGAAGGAGGUGAAGUUGCUGUCGCCGACGGUCUGCGUCGGGCGUCAGGCCGACAUGGAUCGUGUCGUGACGCCUUGGAGGUGGUGCGAGGAAGUCGUGCCACCCGAGCCGGAAGUUUCAACGGCGGCAGUUCCGCCGGUGGUUGAUGAGCCUCGCCCAGUGGCGCCGACAGCCAACCUGGCGGUUGUCCAUGUGCCGGCGAGCAAAACGCCUUUCGUGGUCCGGGCGCCGCCCUUGACCGUCGUGGUGGCCCAAGAGGUGCCACACGUCAUCAAGGCACCGUCAUCUACGCCGGAAGUGACUGUCAACAUCAAACAUGGUGUUGCGCACGUCGAGGCGGACGUGGACCCUUGGACGGCCAUGGUCCUAGUUUUUAUGGGCCUUGGUGGGGCUGGAGCCACAUCUUUGGCUGUCUUUUUGGUUUGGCUCGUCAAGUUUAUCAGGAACAAGUCAUCGUACAUGCGGGAGUUGGUGCGGAUGCUGACGCCGGAGGAUCAGCCAGAUCCGGAAGCCCAACCAGUGGUGGAUCUGCUGGGGCUGGAAGAGGCGGAUAAACCCGUCGCAGAAGAGCAAAAGGAAGAGUUGGUCCUUGAGGACAAUAAUCCUUUUAAAGAG